AUGGCAAACACUACCAAAAACCCUAAUAAUGGAGCUACCAACCCCACUAAUCUAAAAGUAGAAAAAAGUAAACAAGAGUUUCUAGGACGGGUGCGUCAUCGACAUACACCGCAUCCCCCGCCUUCUUCAUUAAAAGGACUAGACAUGCCCGCAAGACUAGAACCUUGUUCUUUAGUUGGACGCGGAAUAAAACUCAUGGAUGACGUUCCGAUGUCUUUAUUAACCGAUAAUUUCAUGGGAAUGAAUUUGGAUUUGAGUAGUAUGCCGGGCGCUUUUUUGGAAGAUGAUGAUGUUCUUAAUCCUCGCUUGUUAGAAUACAAUGAAAUCGACCAAAGAGAUAUGUUUAUGCUUAUGAAUGUCAAGGAUGACUCAAUAAAGUAUCUUGGAUCGAAUGGUCUAAUGACGAGAAAAGAUCCAUCUACUGCUAGCUGGCUUCGUAGAACACAAUACAUCAGUUCUGAACCGAUUAACGUCAAGAGCGAGAAGAGCAAAUUUGUGGAUUUCGUGGACAAAGCGUUAUUAAGACAACAGCCUGAAAAUAAAGUCGAGUCAAUACUUGAAUCAUUCGAAGCAGCAAAUGAUCCUAUUCGUCGAGAAAACUUGACACAUCCCACGAAACCUAAUGUCAAAGCGGAAAGCUUUAUCGAAGUCUUUCCGAAAUUUGACACUUGGAGUGAAGUGUACACGAUGUGUACCUUUGACGGUGAUCCGUACGAUGGCGUCGAAUUUGAAGAAAGUCUUAAUGAUCCAGAAAUAAAAAAGGAAAGACUUGACAAAUCCAUCCUGAAACCAGUCGAUCAUGCGAAUGAACCUUUCUUAAGUUAUUAUCUUCCAGCAAAAGAAGAAGUGGAUCGGCUAAGAACCGGUACACUAUUUGAACAUGAAGAAGAGUCAUACGAAUAUACUUGGAUACGUGACUACAGUUUCGAAGCGGGAAGUGUAUCCAAAAAUAAUUCAAUAUUACUCUUUUUCAAUAAGGAUGACUUGGGAGAAGGUGGCGAAUACCAAGAGCGAGAGCAAAAAGACAGAGAAGAUUAUGACGAAAAAAUUGCUCGAUAUCAUUUAUUAGAGAGGCGAUUACUUUUAAGAAAGAAAAGGCGACAGCCAUAUCAACAUUCAAAAGUACCUGACGAUUACGACAUACCAAAAUCAAUCCGUAUAUUGUACACCGGAGAAACAGUAGAAAAUAUUGAUAACAAGAGACGAAAAUACGAACAUAUUGGUCUUGAGGAAGAUGAAAUUGAAGAGCACCUGACUAGACUUCAAGCGGAGUAA